AUGAACACUAAGGAUAUGUCUUCUUAUGCAAAACUAGACACCAGAAUUGUAAGGGUAAUUUCCGCCGCUGCAAGAUUCCGUGCUCGAAUUGGCGAUGAGGACAUGAACCUCAUCCUUGCCAAAGUGAAUCGCUUGGAAAUUGUGAAAGUAGCAUCCGAUGGAUUAAAAGUGGUACAAGAAGUCCCAGUCUUUGGGAGGAUUGAAACCAUAAAAUUGUUCAGGCCUAAAGGCGAGAAUCGCGACAGCCUUCUAAUUCUCACGGCAAAGAAUCAUCUCGCAAUUGUUGCAUGGGAUGUUGAGAAGAACGAAUUGAUUACCAGAGCUGCCGGAAGUGUAUGUGAUCGCGUUGGCAGACCAAGUGACUAUGGACCUAUUGCAUGUGUGAACAAAUCUGGUUUGAUCGCUCUGCGGAUUUACGACGGAACACUCAAAAUUAUUCAGUGGGAAGAUAAUAAAGACCUGAAGUCAUUUAAUGUGCGAUUUGAGGACCUUGCGAUUGUGGAUUUAAGCUUCAUUGAAUCUCAAGGCGACUCAAUCAGGCUUGCAUACAUCUCACAAGAUUCAAAUGGGCGGCAUUUGAAGACCGUCGAAUUGUCGCUAGUGGACAAGGAAUUAAAGACAAUUUCCAAACAGAUAGAAUCUCUUGGUGAAACUACUAUAGCCGAAUGUUUGGUUUACCUGGAUAACGGAGUACUCUUCGUUGGCUCGCGCUUUGGUGAUUCACAGCUUGUUCGCUUGACAUCUCAGCCUCAUGCGGAAAGCAACUCAUUCGUUCAGAUCUUACAAACGUUUACCAAUCUCGCUCCCAUCCGUGAUAUUGCCGUCAUGGAAUGUGAUGGUCAGAAUCAGAUCAUUACCUGCUCCGGAGCAUUUAAAGAGGGUUCUCUGCGCAUCAUUCGUAAUGGAAUUGGUAUCGAUGAAGCAGCAUCAGUGGAUAUCCCUGGUGUUAAGGGCAUUUUUACUCUAAAAAUUGGUUCCAAACUAGACAACUAUUUAAUUAUCUCUCUCAGCUCAGAAACACAUAUUCUUGCUAUGAAUGGAGAGGAGCUAGAGGAUACACAGCUGCUUGGUUUGUAUAUGUCUUAUACUUAA